GUGCAAAAGUUGGAGGCUACUUUGGCUUCUGAGCGAAAGCCCACCAUGAAGCUCCAGUCUUCACUGAAAAUCCAUAGGGAACCAGACAAAACUGUAGAAUGUGAGAGAGAGAACAAAAACGAGACUAGAGAACAAAAACAACUGAAGGAACAUGUUGCUCAGCUUGAGGUCACUUUGGAACAGACGACCAAGGAGCUCCAGCCGUCCCUGAAAAUACAUGAAGCACUGGAGAAAGCUGUAGAACGUGAGAGAGAGAGCUGGGUGAGAGAACAAAAGCAACUGCUGGAACGUGUUGCUCAGCUCGAGGCCAAUUUGGAAUUUAAGAGAAAUAAAUGGGAGGAGAAAAGCAAGAAGGAUCAACUAGACAUGAGGGAGAGAACCAACUUACACCUCAUCAGAGAGGUCCAGGAUACACUGAAUCUCUGUAAAGAAGAGAGGAAGACGGCAAAGCAUGAGAAAGAUACUUUUAUGAGACACCAAGAGCGACUGGAGGAACGUGUUGCUCAGCUGCAGGCAACUUUGGAUUUUGAAAAAAAUAAAUGGCAAUUAAAAAUAAAGAUGGCCAAACAAGACAUGCAGGAGAGGACCAUCCUACAUCUUCAAACCGUCAGAGACCUUCAAGAUUCCCUGAAUCAGUGUGAGGAAGAGAAGAAUUGUGCAGAGCAUGAGCGAGAUAAUUUGAUUAGAGAACGAGAACAACAGGAGAAACAUGUUGCUCAGCUGAAGGCCACUUUGGAAUUUGAGAGAAAUAAGUGGAAGGAGAAAAGUAAGAAGUCCAAACUGGACAUGGAGAAGAAAACCAAUUUACAGCUCCAGACCAUUAGAGAGCUCCAGGGUUCUCUAAAUCACUGUGAGGAGGAGAAGAAUUGUGCAGAGCAUGAACGAGAUAAUUUGAUUAGAAACCGAGAACAUCUGGAGGACCAUGUUGCUCAGCUGAAGGCAACUUUGAAUUUUGAGAGAAAUAAAUGGGAUGAGGAAAAAAAGAGGGUUGAACUAGAUAUGGUUUGGAGUUCUAAUAUGUUCCUCUCCUACAUUCGAGAGCUCCAGGAUACAGUGAAUCACUGUAAGAUACAGAAGAAAAGCAAUUAGAGAAACAUGUAGCUCAGCUGAGGGCACUUUGGGAUCUGAUUAUAAGAAACAGCAGCAAGAUGAGACGAAUCUGGACAUCAAAGACAGGAACAGAAAGCUGAACCUCUACAAGCCCAAAGAGUCGCAGGAAAUUGCUGAGGAAUUAAAGAUUCUUAGGUGAGUGAAGAGAAAUGCGGAUGGAAACCUGAGAGUGACUGCAUGCUGUGCUGUUAACUGAGCUGCAGCUUUCCAGUGUCCCAGGUGAGAUACUUCUUCACCUUGGCUGCUAUUUCAGGUCAAUUAGGAAUCCACCUAUCUUGGUUCAGGCCUGUGUUUUUCUCCUGGGUGAGUCUCCUAUUUACAUGAUGGAUGAUGAGAGCAGGUGUGAACUGCUACUGAAGACGAGGCAGCGCUUUCUACUGUUAGAUCUGGAUACCAAAAUGGUGCAUCAGCGUACAGCGGCGGUGACGUCUGCGGUGAGUCUCCGAGGGCCGGAGCUGUUGCUUGGGCUGUCUGUUGACCUCGCUGUGCCUGCUGUGCUGGGGGUCUCGACCUCUCUUCGGUGGGCAACCAUCCAGUAUUUCUAUUGUCUCCGACUGACAGUUCCUCCCUCUGAGAAACCACACACAGUGAAAAAGUGAUUAAAUGGAAAAAUGCAAUGAAUCUUUUGUCCUUUUUAGAAAAACGAUUUAAAGAAUAAACCA